CGUCUCGUCAUUCGAAGCGUGAGCUGUUGUUGUUGUUGCUGAAAAGGUCAUUCAUUGGUGAUUGAUUCAAGGAGGAGGAAGCAGCGAACGAGUGAUGAUCUCUGGGGCAAAUUACAGAGGUCGCUAUAGAACAGCUACUUGAUCAAGACGCGUCAUGUCAAGUUCUGGUUCCAAGCUCAUCUUAAGCCGACUCCCGGGAUCGGAAACGUCGAGCCACAUCGAAGUGAACAGGCAGUACUUGGUCAAUCGACCUGGUGGACAAGCACGUGCCGCAAACGUUCUCGAUGUACGAAUCACCAAAUCUGGGAGACGUGAGGUCUAUGUAUCGUUCGCCGGCACAGAUAAACGACUCGAUACAUGGGUCCCAGAUUCCGACAUCGGAGCAGAAGUGAACAAUGUCCAUCUGAACGGGUCGAAUGGUGUUGGUCUUGCGGGACCUAGCCGAAAUUCUGCUUCCAACCUCAAGCGAGCCCACUCCGAACUGGGUGAUCCUGAGACUGGAUCGGAUCGAUUCCCGGACGUCCCGCGUUCUGAGGCAUCUACACCGGAGCGAGAGCAUGCGAACGCAACGAGGGUGAGAAAUUUCGAAGACGUACGCUUUGGAGAAUACCUGAUCAAUACAUGGUACUAUUCACCGUACCCUCUAUCUCCGGACGAUCCCAAUCGGAGUCACCCGCACUUACAUGGCGAAGGAUCAGGCUCCUCUUCCGGUACUCGGCAUGUCGACCACGAUCACGGUCGCGCAGCUCUUCCCAAGUCCAGCAGCAGUACGAAGAAAGGUAAAGCGCCAAUGGCCAAUGGGGCGACCACGAACGGUGGCGGAGACCAAGGACAACCACAUGAGCUCAAAGGUCGUGCGGCUAGGACAGCUACGGAAAUCUUUGGCUUCGGCGUAGGUCGAGGAGGAGAAGGGGCGAGACCUAGGCUUUGGGUAUGUGAUCUGUGUUUCAAGUACAUGAAGACGAGAGAUGGGUGGGAAAGGCACACGGCGGACUGUCAAAUGCUCCAGCCGCCAGGGAAAAGAGUGUACCAACGUGGAAGCUAUACGAUAUGGGAAGUAGAUGGAGCGGUAGCACCUCUUUACUGUCAAAAUUUAAGCCUUUUCGGGAAGCUCUUCAUCGAUCACAAGUCGGUCUUCUACCAUGUCGAAGGGUUCUUAUUCUACGUACUGUGCGAUGCAGCGACAUCUCGCAGAGAUCAAGUCAUGGCGUUCUUCUCAAAAGAAAGACAAUCGUACGACGACUACAACCUGGCCUGCAUCAUUACAUUCCCGCCUUUCCAGAAUAACGGAUUCGGAAAACUCCUGAUAGAAUUCAGCUAUGUCCUCACAAAACACCCAAACACAAGCUCAUUCGACGGUUCACCAGGGACUCCCGAACGACCAUUAUCCGAUCUGGGUCUCAAAGGGUAUCUGGCCUAUUGGACGUCCCUCAUCCUACGAUUUUGUCGAAAGCUCCUGAGUGCCGCACCGCUUAUGGAUCCUCAGUCCCCGGUCAAGGUCAAGACCCCGAUGAAAAUCAAGCCUCAAGCAUCUGAACGAUCCCUCCGGGAACGGAGCAAAGUAUCCGCAGUGACGCCAGUAAAGGAAUCGGAGAGGAAUACGAUCAGAAUCGAUGACAAAAAAUUCCUUAAAGUCAAAGAGCCUCACUCGGGUCAAUAUUCCAUCUCGACAACUCUUGCGGAGAUCGCUUCUGUCUGUCAUAUCCGCAUAGACGACGCGGCAUUUACGCUUGCAGAAUUAGGAUUCUUGAAACAUCGUCGUCCGUCUAAUCAGACGGACGGACGCUCAAAGCGGAAGCGCCUAGCUCCGAGAACGACGACAUCGGGGGAUGAGGACUGCGCCCAGGACGAGGAAGACGGGCAGGAUCCCGAGCAUCUUGGCGAAUGGAAAGAUGUCGAAGUUGUCAUUAGUAGAGAAAUGGUUGAUGAGGCUUGGAGGAAAUGGGGAGUAAAGGAAAAGGGGGUGCUGGAAGAGUCUUGUGUUCUCCUCUAGUUUACAGGUAAUUCGUGCGAGCUUGCGUCAAGGAUAGUAUCACCUUUGUGAGCAUCCAAUAGCAGAUGUUCGAUCUUCGUAGAUCGUCGCACAAGCUGCUGCCAGCUCUGCGCUGAUCCAUGGGGUUGACUGCAUGCAAAU